AUGCAAUUAGCUCUACCAGAAAGUCUACCAACAUUAGUUGCUAAGCGCUUCACAGCUGCGCGAGAUGCCAGUCAUCUGGUGUUCUCUUCAACCCACUUGUCGAUAAUCAACGCCGCAGGGAUACUGUAUCAACUUCGCUACUGCCCAGCUCUCGCUAAGAAACCCUCCAACAUCAAGCCUGAUAAUGGCCCCAAGAUCCCCAAGCCAGAUCCCUUCCAGCAUCCUUCCCCAGAGCUUCUGGUCGCGCAAUUCCCGCCCGAGAACCCCGCCUACAACCUGAUUCUCAACAAGUUCCCUGUUAUCCCGAAUCACUUCCUCCUUGUGACAAGAGACUGGCAAGCGCAAACUGAUCUGCUAGAAAAAGCAGAUCUAGAGGCUACAUAUGAGGUCCUAAAAGCGUGGACCACAUCCGGAUCUAGCCAAACGAAUGGCUCGAAGAGCCAGGGCCAGAGCCAGGGCCUCUUCGCCUUCUUCAACUCCGGCGACGACAGCGGUGCAAGCCAACCACACCGCCACCUCCAAUUCCUCCCCGUGGAGGCAAUGCGCCAACCCGGCUCGGAGACCUGGCAUCCGCUGAUCGACUUGCUCGCCUCCCAAUCCACAUCCCCUCCCUCCUCGCCUUCUACGACGCCGAAAUUCCAACACCUUUCUGCCCUCCCCUUCGCUCACUUCGCUCUUCCGCUCCCGCCAAACCCCUCACCCGAAGCCCUCCACUCAAUCUACACAACUCUCUAUAAAGCUGCCGUUGCAGCAACACGCGGCUGCAGCCCACAGCAGGAUACUGAGCCUGUUUCCACACAUGGUGCAUCGCUUAUCGGCUACAAUCUUGCUAUGACUCGCUCGACGAUGAUGAUUUGUCCCCGCCGGCAGGAGACGGCGGUCGUGCCGAUUGACCCCGCGGCAGCGGCUGACAUAGCCGAUCUUGGGGUUCUCUCGUUGAACGGUACUAUUCUUGCGGGAACGCUAAUGGUCAAGGCUGAGAGUGAGUGGAAUGCGCUACGAGAGAAUCCGGAGUUGCUCACGCAGGUUCUUGCUACGGUUGGAUUUCCGCGGACGGAUUCCAGAGGCCCUUCUCUGUGA